UUGGGGGCCCCUGCUCUGCCCUUCCUGGUUUCCGGCAAGAUCGCAGAGGAGCCGGCGUGCCUCUCUGCCCUCCAGCCUUCCUCACCAUGUCCAAGAUGCCGGCCAAGAAGAAGAGCUGCUUCCAGAUCACUAGUGUCACCACGGCCCAGGUGGCCACUAGCAUCACCGAGGACACCGAGAGCCUGGACGACCCGGACGAGUCACGUACGGAGGACGUCUCCUCCGAGAUAUUCGACGUCUCUCGGGCCACGGAUUAUGGCCCUGAGGAGGUCUGUGAGCGCAGCUCCUCGGAAGAGACGCUCAACAAUGUUGGGGAUGCGGAGACUCCCGGGACCGUCUCCCCAAACCUCCUCCUGGACGGGCAGCUGGCGGCCGCGGCGGCUGCUCCCGCCAACGGAGGAGGAGCCGUUUCGGCCCGGAGCGUGGCUGGGGCGCUGGCCAGUACCGCGGCGGCGGCGGCCGCCACCUCGGCCCCCUCCGCGGGAGCACCCGGCGGUCCCCCGGUCGCGGGCUCGUCUGCCGGGCCAGGGACUGCGGCCCCAUCGCAGCCCCCCACCACUUGUAGUUCCCGAUUUCGCGUGAUCAAGCUGGACCACGGGAGCGGGGAGCCCUACCGACGCGGCCGAUGGACGUGUAUGGAAUACUAUGAGCGGGAUUCGGACAGCAGCGUCCUGACCAGGUCCGGGGAUUGCAUUAGACACAGCAGUACUUUUGACCAGACUGCGGAGCGGGACAGCGGCCUGGGCGCCACCGGAGGGUCGGUGGUGGUGGUGGUGGCCUCCAUGCCGGGGGCGCACGGGCCCGACUCGGGAACUGACAGUUCCUUGACUGCUGUGUCACAGCUACCCCCGUCGGAGAAAAUGAGCCAGCCCGCCCCGGCCCAGCCGCAGAGUUUUGGCGUUGGGCAGCCACAGCCACCGCCGCCCGUAGGUGGGGCUGUGGUUCAAAGCGCGGCUCCAGUGCCGCCGUUCCCGGGAGCCGCGGCCGGGCCGCAGCAGAUGAUGGCAGCCCCGCAGCCCAGCCAGCCCCAGGGAGCCGGCCCCGGCGUCCUCCCGCAGGGGCCCAACGGACAGGGUCUGCCGCUGACGAAUGUAACCCUGACGCAGCCCGGCGUGCCCCUGCCGCCGCAGCCCGGCCCGACCCUCGGAGCGCCAGCGACGCAGCAGCCUCCGCAGUUCGCGUACCCCCAGCCUCCGCUCCCGCCCGGGCAUUUGCUGCCCGUCCAGCCCACGGGGCAGAGUGAGUACCUACAGCCGCACGUGGCCGGCCUGCAGCCGCCAAGCCCUGCUCAGCCCUCGUCCACCGGCGCCGGAGCGAGCCUCGCCACGCCUGCCAGCCUGCCGGUGGGCACCGGCCAGAAUGCCUCCACGGUGGGUGCGCAGAUAAUAGGCGCGUCUUCCCUGCCCGGUGAAGCCGUGGCUCCGGGGCCGGGACCCGCGCAGGGCGGGCAGGCCGCGCCUGGUCAACCGGCUGGAGUGCCCCUGGCCGCUGUAGGAUGCGCGGUGCAGCCGGGCCUGGUUCCCCCUGGGACCGGGCAGCCCCAGUCCGUGCCUCCGCCGCAGAUGGGCGGCAGUGGUGCGCCGUCGGCCGUGCCUGGCGGCCCCCACGCCGUGCUGCCCGGAGUUCCAAACGUGCCUGCAGCCGUGCCCGCUCCAAGCGUGCCUAGUGUGUCUACCACCUCUGUUACUAUGCCAAAUGUACCCGCGCCUCUGGUCCAGUCGCAGCAGCUGAGCAGCCAUACGCCAGUCAGCAGGAGCGGCAGCGUAAUCCAGCAUGUUGGGCUGCCCUUAGCGCAAGGCACACCCAGUGUACCAACAAGUCUACCACAGUCUGACUUAAGCCAGUUUCAGACUCAGACCCAACCUUUAGUCGGGCAAGUUGACGAUACUAGAAGAAAAUCAGAACCCCUACCUCAACCACCACUUUCUCUCAUUGCUGAAAAUAAGCCUGUUGUGAAGCCUCCUGUUGCAGAUGCCCUGGCAAACCCCCUUCAGUUAACACCUAUGAACAGUUUGGCCACCUCUGUAUUCAGCAUAGCUAUUCCUGUUGAUGGUGAUGAAGACAGGAAUCCUUCAACUGCUUUCUACCAAGCGUUCCAUUUGAACACGUUUCAGGAAUCAAAGAACCUCUGGGAUAGUGCAUCUGGGGGAGGUGGUGUAGCCAUUGACAACAAAAUAGAACAAGCAAUGGAUCUGGUGAAAAGCCAUUUGAUGUAUGCAGUAAGAGAAGAAGUGGAAGUUCUAAAGGAACAAAUAAAAGAAUUAGUUGAAAGAAACUCUUUACUUGAACGAGAAAAUGCACUGUUAAAAUCUCUUUCAAACAAUGAUCAAUUAUCCCAACUCCCAGCCCAACAGGCCAAUCCUGGUAGCACUUCUCAACAACAAGCAGUGAUAGCACAGCCUCCGCAGCCAACGCAACCUCCACAGCAGCCGAAUGUCUCCUCAGCAUAAAGCUUUCUUGCCUCAUUAAGAAAAAAACUGAAAGCAAUCUAUCCUUGUGUGCCACUGGUAUUCUUUCCACUUUAUACGAAAGCAAGUAGCCAUGCUUCGGUUGUGUGUUUGGCCUUUUCAGUAUUAGACAAUCAUUCUACAGGAGCUUUUCCUCUCUUUGAGAUGUCAUGCAGCGCUGUUGAUGUCCAGUUUUAUGUCAUCAGUACACAAGGAGAAUAAUAGGUGGGGUUUAUUAAAGCAAGCCGAGUCUGCAUUUUACCUGGUGCGCAUGAGUGGGGUCUUUUCAGAGCUUUGGUGGCUCUCCCAUGUUUCCUAUUACCCGUGGAUUUACCCUGAGCCUUCCUCGCACAUUAUAAAUAACAGUUCAUCUAAAGAGCCACUUUUCUUUCAAUAUCAGUAACAUUUGCCUACGUAAGUUUUCAUUUAUUUGUGUUUUAUUUAUUACAGGGCUGCUAUUUUCAUAAUGUACAUGAACAAUGUCACAGAACUUUUUUAAUUUUUUUGAAUAAUUAUAAGUAUCAGUAAAGGAUUUGAAAGACAGGAUUGCAUUUAAUAGAUAAAAUGUUUAGGCAAUAAUUGAACAAAAGAAUCCUGGCGUAUUUCUAACACUAAUGGCAAUUUACCUUCGGUAUUUAUUUUCAGUAGUAAAGACCCAGCUUGAAUGUAAAUUUUGUAUAGUGUAAGUAUGAAGAACAUAGUGCAACUGUACAGGUAGUCACCAGUUAUUGUGAUAUAAUAAAUAAUUGGGCUAUUUUGAUGAAGAAAACUUUGUUCAUUUGUUUCUACUUUCUAAUAGAGAAAUUGCCACGAUUCCUCUGCUUUUUGACAUUUCGUAUGACUUUCUUUUUUCGGGUGGGAAUAAAAAGCUGUGAAAUUGUUCAACCUACUUUGUAACCAAAGAAGCAAAGCUGUGUAAUGGAGUUUUUUUUUUAUAAUGCACAUUCUUUAUGUAUUUUUAUUUAGUGUUUUCUCGGUCACAAUUUUCUUUGCUGUCUAGCAUGAUCUGCAUGACCUAUAAUCUUUGAACCACUUUCGUACCUCAUGUUUUUAUCCAGCACUCUUAUUGUAAUAUGUACUAGUCUGUGAACAAUGUCAAAUAAAAGAACGAACAGGUAGUAUGGUGGAGCUGAGCUAGUGUCCCAUACACUAGUUGUAAAAAAAAAAAAAAAAAAAAAAAAAUGAAGUGAGCCAUCUUUUGUUCAUUUAAAAUGGUGUUUUGAAUUUCGUAUGCAGAAAACGUUUUGUUACAUUGCAGAUUUUAAUGUAUUUAAUAAAUGCAACAUGCAGAUUAAGUGCAGUGUAUACUGAGUAUUUAAAUUAAAAUGUACAUUUCAUAAAUACAGUUUCAAGAGAAAGCAUCAUUUUGUGUAUACUAACACAUUAAGUGUAUGUCAGAAAUUGAUGUAUAAAUAUAUAUUUUAACACAUUUUCUGAAAUUAAACUGCAGUUUUGUUGAAAUAUUUGGCUCUAUAUGUGUUCAAAAUUUAAUUUGAUUAGAUUUGUAUUUUCACAGUUCAAGAUAUUCCUUAAAUGAAAACCUGUGUUCUUAAUGAUUUAAUGAUAGUUCUUAAAUUUUCAAAGUAAAAUAAUUUAAAGAAUGCAAGAAUGGUGAGCAAUAUUUGUACUCAAGAUUCAUAUUAUGUCAGUGACCUUUAAGUAAGAAAUCCUUGUCUACCAAAACUUUUACUUGAAUUCAGAAAGGUGCCUGUAGAAAACUUAACAUGCUGUGUGUCUAUAGCCAGCUAGCUAAUCAGGAGUUAAUGGGAACCAAUAGUUAGCUCUCUGCGUUGUUAAAAGAGGAUAAAUAACUGUUCUUUGUCUAUUUAAAAUUAAAACUUCAUCAGAUUUAGCCACAAAGGAAAUGCAUAAAAUUGGGGUGUAUGUAGGAUUACCAAAUAUUUUAUGUUCUAGUUGUGCUGGACGAUACAUUGUUGAAUAUAAACAAAAUUUUAAUGUUAAUGAAUAAUAUGAGAAAAAACUAAGGAACUAAGGACAUAAGCUUGAGAAGUAAUCCUGUAGGUGUGGAACAAGAUUCUAAGUAGAGUCACCACCAGUGCGUUAGGAAAUGAAACUUCCGUGUUGGAAUGUCAAUCACAAGGCUCACCAGGUGUGCUCCUCAAGUCCAAAAAAAGUGUGAUAUUUAAAACUGGCAGAGAAAAACCAGUAUUAGAAAAGGUUGAGAUUUUUGUGAAAAUACAAAUUUUGGUUCUUGGGAUAGAAAAACACUUCAUAAAGUAAUAGUCACAAAGGAAAUGAUUGAUAAUGUUAAUUUAAAACGGUAAUUAAAAGCAAUUAUUACUAUUUUUGCAUUUAAAAAAAAAAAAAACCACCACAGUAGAAAAUAUGGGUAGUUCACAGAAGAAAUAAAUGGCAGUUUCUAAAGUUUCAGCCUCUAGUAACCUAAGAAAUGCAAAUUAAUAUUUAAUGAAUUGUUAUUUGUCUUUUAAAUAGCAGGACCUAAUGUAGAAAGGCAAACUUUCCUGUGUACUUCUAGAAAGUAAUUUGACAAUAUGUAUCAAGAGCCUUAAAUAUUAAUAAACUUUUCAGUUUAAUGACAUAAGAUAACUCAUGGUGCGGUGUUCAAAAGAUGCAAAAUUACAAUAGUGCUCGUCCUUUGCUCUCCCAUCCUUCUCCUUCCCAUUGGGUCCCCCUUCCCCUUACAUAACCCCCAAAACAGCUGUGAAAGGAAACCUUUACAUCCAAACCUACUCUCUUGAGGCACGCCCUCACCCCAAAGUCAGGGACAGACUUAAAGGUGGGAAAGCUUAACUUUUUUAGAAUAAAAUACACUGUAUUUGAGAACAACAUUGAGACAUUACCCCAAGUGAUCGGUUUGUUUAGAUCUUAAGUAAAUUUCAGUUUGACCUCAGAUUUAAGGUCUCUUAGUCCACAUAAUUGGAAUAUUUAUUGGGAUGCCAAUUUGGGGGGCACAGUCUUACAGGAAUGCCAUCUGUAAUUUUCUCUUGUAGACCAAAGUGCCACACAAGUUUUCUGUUGGUUUACCUUAACCAACCAGAAAAUCCUAGGUGAAGAAUUCGUUUCUGAUAAUGGCAAUAUGUCUGCAAUACAAACCGAACUUUCCCCAAAGAGAACUUAUUUUAAGUAGUUAACAGUGUGAUUUUACAGCUUGCUACACCCCUUCCCCAAAAAAGGCUUAUGAGGCGUUAAACAUGUUACUUUAACUCAUAGUUGUAUGUUCAAAAUAGCUGGAUAUUUCAAUUCUAUUAUAAAUGUUCUGGGAUAAGUAGAAGUAUUAAGGUGGAAUGCUUUGCCAUCAAGUCCCCAGAGAUAGGUAAUCACAACUGUCUUUAUCCACAAAGAAUUAUCACAGGUCAGAGAUGAUGAUGUUUCUCCAAAUUCAAACUGGUCACUCCUAGACCUUUUAAAAAAGAGCUGGGGGAAGUCCUCAAGAUUAGAGUAACUAAAAUACCUGUUCUUAGAUGGAAAUUCACCUCUGUAGAACUAGAAAUAAAAUAACAGCUAAUUUGGGGGGGGAAAUUUUUCAGAUGAUCUGAAGUGUAAUUUUUUUUAAAGGAGGCUCAGCGCAGGCACCUUGUGACUUGACUCAAUUCUCUUCAAUACUUGUAAAAGGACAAAGCCCAGGUCUAAAGAUUCACAGUUUGAGGACUUAGACAAACCAACAUGUACAAUGCAAUAGUGAAAACAUACAAAGAUGGAUUUGUCAGGGGAGGUUCCCUCACAGAGAUGACACCUGAUAAGGAAACAGUGCUCCAAAGUUUAAAGGAGAGCACAAACAAAACUCCUUGAAUUGUCACAGAAUUGUUUCCCAGGAGACAGACUCAGGCAAAGUCUGACUCACCAUAGUAGGUUGGCAGCUAGAACAAAAAUAACUUCCCGAAUGAUUUUAGGCAGUGGGAUUGUGACCAGAUAAGCAGUUUAGAAAAAUUAAUCAUUCUAGUUACCAAUGGGAGGUGAAUUGGUGGGCUGAAACUGGAAGUGGAGAAGUAAUUUAGGAGGUACAAUAAUCCAGAAUGAAUAGGCAAAAUUACAAAAUGAUAAAUAGGCAGGUUAGUGAUGCUCAUGAGGAAGUUUGUCUUGGGUCUUUCUAUACCAUUAUCCCCUCUACAAUGAACAUUCCAUUCCCAACAUCCGGUGUCUGUUCUUUCUGCUUCCAAAGAAAGAUCAGAGAACCCUAUGUCUUAGAAUGUUUUAGUCAAACUCUUCCUUCCAACAGCCAUAAUACUUCAGUGAAAUGAAAGUCUUUGUUUAAAGGAAUUUCAAGAAUUUAGCAAAAGGGUAGGGGGAAUGGAAGACCCCUGGCUUCACAUUUAUGCCUCUGUAAAUUCAGCCCUCUAGGUAAACCAAAUUUAGUUCCUUUAUGGUGACUAGAAUUAGAGUAUCCCAGAGCAUGAGUCCAAAUCCUGUCCCUCAAGGCUAUCCUUCCCCAAGAAGGAUAAUGUGAGUUCUGGCCCCAUUGCAGAUACUGAAACCCAAGUCAAAAUAGGUUUUGUUGGCUUCACCUUUUCAUUCUUUGACACAGUUCAAUUCAGAAGGCUUCUUUCUUCCCUGUAAGUCCCCUGCCUAAGCAAAAUAAUCUCUUCUCCCACCCCUUCCUGCCUCAAGCCUAGUAACCCAUGUUUCUAUUUUCUAGCAAUACUAACCUAAUGGCUUAUUAUUUAGUGACAUGUAUUUGCACCCUUUCAACAUUCUAGGAUGCAACUCUGUUACAUGUACUUCUAUGCCAAGUCACAGAAUUUCUAUAGCGAGAUCUGUUCUUUGAAUGUAUGUAUUCCUUUGUCAGUGGAGAAUAUCACUGUACAAGUGCUAUUUAAUGAUUUCCUUAGUGGGCUACAGUUGGUAUGGCAUGCUAUGUUCACA